AUGACAACCGAAAUCCUCCUCGAAACCUCAAUGGGUCCCAUCACCCUCGAGCUCUACACCACACACGCCCCCAAAACCUGCAAAAACUUCACCACCCUCAUCACCCGCUCCUACUACAACGACACCAUAUUCCACCGCAUAAUUCCAGACUUCAUGGUCCAGGGCGGCGAUCCCACGGGCACUGGCCGCGGCGGCUCCUCCAUCUACGGCGACAAGUUCGAGGACGAGAUCGACCCUGCGCUGAAGCAUACCGGCGCAGGGGUGCUAAGCAUGGCGAACGCGGGGCCGAAUACGAACGGGUCGCAGUUCUUUAUAACUCUCGCGCCUACGCCGUGGUUGGAUGGGAAGCACACCAUCUUUGGGAGGGUGAAGAAUGGGAUGGGCGUGGUGAAGAGGAUGGGCUUGGUGAAGACUGCGGCGGAGGAUAGGCCAGUACAGGAGGUUAGGAUUGUGUCAGGGAGGGUCUUGGAUAGUGAGGCGGAGGAGUAG